GGGGCUUCGAACCCGGGUUCAAAGAAACCUCUUCGUUUCAUUCUAUUCCUUUCCUUUUUAUUAUUCUCUCAACUUACACUGCCAUUUAUUUUCUCCCUUAGUUUAUAUUCCUUCAUUGACCUACUUGAAACUUUCUUUUUUAUCUUUUGUCUUAAGACUAUUUUCUUGAGAUUUGAUCAUUAUAUCACGCUCAAUCCCUUAUUCCAUAUUCCACGCUUAUUACAAAAUCUUUCUCCUUUGUCUAACCUUUUUUUCUUUUGUUCUUUCACAUGAGUAUAUAGUGUAUAUCUACACAGAGACACACACCUAGCUACAUUUCUAUUAUCAUAUAAAACUUUAUCUUUACCUUUCCUCUUCCAAAAAAAAACUAUCUUCUCUUCACCAAAUUCUAUUGCUCCAUCCUCUAUGGCCCUCUCACCUAACUCAAGCUCGUUAGAAUUAUCAAUAUCGCUUCCAAGCUUCUCUCAAUUAUCUUCACACCCUUCAUCUGGUGAGCACAUGGUGAGAGAUUUGGACAUAAAUCAAACUCCAAAGACGGAAGAUCGUGAGUGGAUCAUGAUCGCUGCAGCACCGCAUGCCAACGAAGAAGAUAGCAACUCCUUCGGCUGGCGGCGCAAAAAGCUCCGUCUAACUAAAGAGCAAUCACAUCUUCUUGAAGAGAGUUUCAUACAAAAUCAUACCUUAACCUCUAAACAAAAACUAGAAUUGGCCACUUUUUUAAAGCUUAGUCAAAGGCAAGUUGAGGUGUGGUUUCAAAAUCGAAGAGCUCGGAGUAAGCUCAAGCAUACGGAGAUGGAAUGUGAGUAUCUAAAGAGAUGCUUUGGGUCAUUGAAGGAGCAAAAUCGACUUCUACAAAAAGAAGUUGAAGAACUACGAGCUCUAAAGGCAGUGCCGGCCUCGAUUUUAACCAUGUGUCCUCGUUGUGAACGUGCGACUGAUGCAACAGAUAAUGCCGUCAAGGAGGGAACAGCUCCGAGAAGCCAGUCACGGAGGACAAUUUCCUCUUCCUCUUCCCUGUGUUGACUGGUUCGGUCAAAAGUCAAAUAUUGAAACGUCUAUAUAUUUAGAGUGAAGAGUAAAGAUUUGAUGAUUAAUUAGGAGGAUUUUGUGCAUAGUUCUUUAAUUAUUUAUCACAUCAAUGAGGAAAAAAAAAGAAUUAGUUUAAUCCUCGUUUUAUAGGGUUCUUAUGUUUUUCUAACUUUACUUUCCAUUUUAUGGAUUCAAUCGUAAGUCCGUAACUUUAUUUUUCGUGUCCGUUUGGAUUGAAUGGGACUAUUAGUGACUUGAAAAUACAUGUUAUAUCUUGUCUACCCGGCGAAUGUAGAGUACAAACUGAAUGGGAAACUAGAUAUUAGUGUAUUGACGUCAUUAUUAUUUGACUUCCACAAGUUUCAAAUAUGGCUGGCUAUUUGUUCCUUGACUUAAAUAUAUAAUACAACAUUUUAUUUGAAUUCCGUUGAGUUAUUCUUUGCUGGGCGAACCUCUAGUUUCUCACUCUAGCUAGAUAAUAACCAAUUAAAAACUGUCACGUGUCAUAUUUUGUUUAAAAAAACCUAGAAAAUAUUAUUAAAUGCAAGAUAAAAAUUUUACAUAGCAAAAUUUUAAACCCUAAAAUCUAUAGCUCAUGUUCCAAACACUGAACUCUAAAUCCUAAGAUUAACACUAAACUCUAAACAUUAUAGCUCAAACACGAAAACCAUAAAUCUUAAGGUUAACCUUAACUAAACACUAGGGUUUAGAAUUUAGGGUUUAGGGUUUAUAAGAUUUAAAGUUUACAGUUUAGUUGACAGCGUUUAGGGUUUAGAGUUUAUGGUUUAAUGUUUAGAGUUUGAGCUAUAGGGUUUAGUGUUUAGAAUUUGAGUUAUAAGGUUUAGAGUUUAUCAAGUUUUAUAAUGUCAAAUUUUUUUGAAAAUUAAAAUAUUUUUUUUCAUAAACAAAAUACUAGAUGUGGCAAAUUUUUAGUGGUUAAUAUGUAGGAGGUGAACUUAGAGAUUUUCACUAGGAGGUGAACUCAAGAAUAACUUAAUUCCGUUGAAUAUAUUCACCUAAUUCACCUGAAGUCUAGGGUGAACCCAAGAAUAACUCAAUUCCGUUGAAUAUAUUUACCUAAUUCACCUGAAGUCUCAUUCCAAAUAAUUGUUGUUUUUUCCUUCUUUCAUAUUUGCUUUUCUCUUAAGUUGUUAUUUCAAUAUGAUUUUGGUCUAUUUUAAAUAUCUAUUAUUUGUUAAAUAAAUCAUUUUGAUACUAAAUAACCGUUUGUGUUACGUUUAUCUCAAACCAAAUCUUACAAUAUGAUUGCAAUAUACCAUACUCCAGCCACCCUAUUUGAACUAGAUUCGAGUCAUAAUAUAUUUUAAGUAUUAUAAAUUAGAAAUCCAUAUAUACUCUUAUCGAGUUAAAAUAUCAUGUAUGAUUGACGAAAGUGCAAGUUAAAAUGGCUUUCUAAGAUGCAAUAGAGCCUUAUCUUGUGAAAAGAAUGCAAACAGCCUCAUCGGUCGUGCUUGAUUAUUGAUAUGCCAAAGAAAUGUCAGAAAUAUAAUCGAAUUAGAGGUGUGGCUCUCACCAAAGAAAGAUUCCAAUUUAUCUUCAAGCAUGCAUAUAUAUGAUCUGGAAAAAGUUUUAAACAAGGGCAUGGAAAACUACAAUAAAUAGAGUCUCGUGUUUGAAAGGUGGACUGAAAAGCCCAUACCAGAUUAUCUUCAGCAAGUUCAGAUCUGUGUUCAGAUAAACAAAACUUCCGUUAAAUCACUACACUGAGAUUGCUAUUACGGCAAUAGGAGAGCUUACUGGUCAUGUGGAUGUGUUGCAUUUGAUCUAGAGAAAUCUCAAAAGCAUGAUUUUUUUUCGUAUGAAAAUAAUAUUUGAUGUUCCAAAGCCUCUGAGGAAAUUUAAAGUUCUCAACCUUCGUGGGGGAAUUCAACGCACUGUAUAUUACUGUAUAUUUCUUCUAUGAGAAGACUCAGAAAAGAUACUACCUUUGUCAAAGGUUGACGCAUGCAUAAGAUAUGUCAUUUAAUCUCUAGAGUUCAACCAAAUGAAGAUGUUCGAUCUACGAAUAGCUCUAUCGCAAAUAGAUCCAAGGGUCAUCUAGUUCUCUGUAAAACUGGUCCUUUGUUUAAGAUUUUAAAUAAAGACCAAGUUGGUAUGUAUCCUUUAUCUGGUAGACCUCAGAUUGCUCCAGAAGUGUUGCAGGAGAUGCAUAACUACUUGCUAGCUAUUAUGGUGAAGAUAGGAGAAUUAAAGAGUAACAAAUUAUUACUUCAGUAAAGGAGGCGGAAUUGGACCCCAUCACCGAGAAAACAAUGUUGCAACUGAUCCGUCCUCCUACCAUUACAACUGAGGUAGAUAAGGGUAAAGGAAUUGUGUUUGGCUAUGACACGGAUCGGAUUCCUCAUCACAGUCUCUGAAUCAAGAAGUGAAAGGUCCAAAGCUUAUGUCUGCGGCCAUAUCAGCUGGACGCUCUAUAACUGUUCAGGCUCAUGAUCAAAGUAUGGCAAUGUCAACGCCAUUACUGUCUAGUCCGAUCACUUCAACAUCGAUGGUUUCUCAGUUCAGUUUACCCUUAGUUGAAAGGAAAUGUUAGGAAGAGAUUAGGAAAAUUCUAAAGGAAUGCUCAAGCUCAAAAGCACUGACUUGCAAAUCGGUUUCUCAAGAUUCCAAAGAAAAAAACGACUCUCAAAAAGAAAGCAGAAGCUAUUUUGGUGGAUGUAUCCAAGUCUGUUAAGCUUAAAUCAUCAAUGAUGGUCCCAAAGGAGGGACUGUCCAACACCUAGAUAAGUCUUCUGAGCUGGAACUGCCAGGGGAGUGGGGCGGCCUCAUGACCUGACUCAUGGAAUUGCGUAGUAUGUGCUUCUCUGAGAUUUUUUUUAUGGACACCAUGAAUAAGGAAUUACUAUGGUAGAUCUUAAGGUUUGGCUUGGUUAUGAUCAUGUUUUCAUUGUAAAUCAUGUAAAUACAUGGGCAGGGUUAGCCUUUUUUUGGAAAAACAGUGUACAAGUUGAUUUUUUGUUCUAUGACAAGAACCUUUUGGAUGUUAAUAUUAAGAUGUGUGAUAAGCAAUUUUACCUUUCGUGUAUAUAUGGUAACCAUGAUAUUAAAUUUAGACAUACUUUGGAGCACUUUUGAUGCGCCUUGGUGUACAUAAAAGAAGCAGUUGGUGCAUGGCUGGUGAUUUAACGAGAUUAUUAACAACACUGAAAAGAUUGGAGGUCCAAGAAGAAGUGACACAUUUUUUCCCAUGUUUGGAGUAUUAUUAAAGACUUUGAAAGUUUUAAAGAUGGUGUUGCCCAUGCUAAAAGCAUAUCAAUAUCAAUCCCUGAAAAUACAUGUUCAGAGAUAGAAAAUCCUUUCUUUGAUUCUCUCACGCAAACAUCUCCAGGUUUGCUUCCAUUUUCUUUAAAUUUAAGUGAUGGCGAGGGGAAUAUCAGCGGAUCUCACUCUCCACGCCGAAGUGGGAUAAAAAAAUCCAAAAUGAAAUGAAAACUUGGUGAUCAAACAACAUCGGUUCAAUACCUUAAAAGACGGAAAUACAAAAUUUUUGGAGAAACUAAAGAAGACGAGAGAACAACGAAAAUAUCACUUGGAGAUUCAAAAGAAGAAUUAUGCUUUGAAUGAGCUGAAAGAAGAAAACAAAUAUUUAUUUUGUGACUUGAAUUCAAUGUAAAAUCUAGAAGUUCGUGCAUAUUUUCAAGAGGAACGAAUACAAAUUUUACAAAAAAAAUGUGGUCAACAACAUGAACAAUGAACAAGAAGCUACUCUUUCAUUUACCUCAUUUGGACAAUACUUUAACAAUUUAGGUAGAUCUAGAGGAAAUUUACCUGAAUAUUAAAUCACAAUAAUUUAUAAUUUAAUUUUAUAUUAUGUUGCUUGUUUCUAUUUAGUAUUUUUUUCUUUAGCUAAUUUUUUAGAUUUUUUAAAAAAAUUUAAUGCUUCUUUUUUUGGCUAAUAAUAAUAAGUUUCAAACAUUUGUAUAUUGUGUUGAAGAGAAUUAUGUGAUGUUUGCAUAAUUAAAUUACAUAAAUAGUUACAAAAUAAAAUGAUUAAAACUAAGAAAACUAAAGUAUAAAUAAAAAAAUUUCACUCUAUAAUAGAGUAAGAAAUAGAGACACUCCAAAUAUAGAGUAAAAAAUAGAGUUACACUAUUUUAGAAUGAAAUAUAGAGUAGAUUGAAGAAGAUUUUACUUUAUAAUAAAGUUUGGUGUAGGAAAUAGAAUGGGCUGGAGAUGUCCAAAUUAUGCAAUUAAUGGAACAAACAAAAAGCCAUAAACAUUUUACUUUUAAAGCGUUCGGAUUUAAAACUACAUUUUUUUCUUUUUGGGAAACUUUUGUGCAUGCAAAGACCAAGAUGAAAUUGAAUUUUUUUUGGUAAAAAAUAAAAAAAAUACGCACAAAAGUUGACUAUAUUCCAAAUCUGGAAAAGAAGAUACGCACCGACUGACUGAGUGGUCUACAUAAGGAUUCAAGACCAUUUAACUGAAAUUAACAAGAGUCCAGGUCGAAUGCUUGGGUUGCAUCACUACAAGAAAACAGGGGGAUUCUGAUGGCCGAAAUCGUCAGAAAUUCGUUGGAAUAGACCGAUUCUUACGAAUUUCUGACGAACCAGUCCGUCGGUAUAAUUUCGUCGGAAAAAAAGGAUUCGUCGGAAUUUCGUCAGACCUUCCGACGACUUUCUGACGAAUACCGAGAAACGUCAUUCUGACGAACUUCCGACGAUAUUCCGAUGCGGACACACGAGACCAGAGUUCAUCGGAAAAACUAUAUACCGACGGAGCACGUUCCUCGGACUAUACCGACGAACCGAGUCCUUGGAAAAUACCGACGGACUAUUGUUCGUCGGAAUUUUCCGAGGAACCUUCUCCGUCGGUAUUUUCCGAGGACUUCGUUCGUCGGUAUAGUCCGACGCCCUCAAUUCGUCGGAAUAUAUCAAUUUUAAAUACAAAUUAAUUUUGCAUUUUUAUAUAUUUUUUAUAUUAAAAAUUAAUUAAUAAAUAAAUAAAAUCUGAAAUUUAAAACUAAUAAUAUUAUAGAAUUUAAAUUCAUACAAACCGAAAUAGAAAAAAAACAUUCAGAAAGUUAAAAAUUCAUACAAAC